CGAAAUCUCGGAGUAAUGGCUGGAGAUCUCGGAUAUUAGAAGGUGGGAAAGCCGCUCCCUAAAACAGAAGACGAUCUAAAUCAAAUUACUACUUUGGACAGCCAUGGCUCAGGUGGCGUCCCAUGGGAAGCUGCUUCUUCAGCGUUUGCACCAGCAGCGAGAGAUGGAUGUCUUGUGUGACAUUACCAUCAAAGUCAAAGAUACCGAGUUCAGGGCCCAUAGGAACAUUUUGGCUUGUUUCAGUAAAUACUUCAACUCUUUAGCCACAAAAGGUCAAGAUGUGGCAUCCCUUGACCCCGAGAAGGUCAGCCGCUACGCACUGGAGAAACUACUGGAGUUUGUCUACACUGGACAAAUGAAUCUCAGCAGCACUCGUCACAGUGCAGUCCGUAGAGCUGCUGUAUUUUUGGGAAUGCCUGAUGCCAUAAAAAACUUCCCAGAUAUUUCGGAAUCCUCCGAUCCAACUGAAUCAUCUCAAUCCGAUGCCGAUAAAGAACCGGGUGCAGCUUCUCCAAUGAGCCCCCAUGAACACCAAUCAGAGGACAUCCCAAACUCUCCACUUUCUCUUUCCAUCUCAUCGGUGACUGGUAAUUGGGCAAUGGACGAAGAGGGGGCGGAGCCUGAAGAGGGCGAGGAAGACUUGGACAAGCUUAUAGACGAUGAUGUUGAGUAUACGCCAGGGAAAAAGAGGGCUAGGAAACCCAAGACGUUUUUUGGUUGUGAAGAUGGUGAAACAGCUGAUUUGGGUGAGGAAGCUACUACCACUGCGGUGCGUGGAAGAGGACGUGGUAGGGGGCGUGGCCGACCUCCCACUGUCAAAUCAGAAGAUGCGUUUGUAGAUGAAGCAGAUAAAGAUGCUCAAGACAUUUGGGAUACGUCAGCUGAUUGGAGCCCAUCCCAGGACGAUUUUGAUGAAGCUCCGCCCAAAAGGGCCAAAUAUGGUGGUAGGAGGGGGCGGGGUCGAAGGGGGCGUGGCCGAGGAAGAGGAAAGAAGAGGAGAUUUGACGUAUUAUUGGAAGAGGAUGGAGAGGAGGGAGGAGAGAUAGGAGAGGAUGGGAGGGAGUACGGAGAGCAGGAUCCAUCAGAGGCCAAUGAACAAUCGCUGUCAUGCACCGAAUGUAAUAAAGUUUUUAAAGAUCAGAGCAGUUUGAGACGACAUGAGAAGAUCCACAAAGGACUGAAGCCGUUCGCCUGCAUCUUCUGCUCAAAGACGUUCAGACAAGCAACGCAACUCAAGACACAUCUACGCAUACACACAGGGGAGAAGCCGUUUGCCUGCUCCAGCUGUGAUAAGUGUUUUGCUCAGAAGUGUCAGCUCGUCGCCCAUCGGCGGAUGCACCAUGGAGAGGAGAAGCCCUACACGUGUGAGCGCUGUGGGUUCAAGUUCGCCACCUCCUCCAACUACAAAAUACACAUCAGGCUGCACACAGGAGAGAAGCCAUAUGUGUGUGAUAUCUGUGGACAGGCGUUCGCUCAGAGCAGCACUUUGACCUACCACAAACGUCGCCACACGGGGGAGAAACCCUAUCAGUGCGACCUGUGCGGCAUGUCAUUCUCUGUGUCCUCCUCCCUCAUCGCACAUGCCAGGAAACACACAGGCGAGACUCCGUACAAAUGCGCUCAGCCUCAGUGUGAGUCAAAGUUUGUUACAUCGUCAGAGCUGAAGAAACACAUGAGGAGGCUUCACCCCGAUGGAAACAAUGGCGUUCAGUGUCUGUUGUGUGGAAACAGAUUUGCCAGUGUCAAAAACAUGAUCAAACAUCAGGAGAAAGCCCACGCUGACGAAGUGAGGCAGCACAAGGAGAGGGCUCGAGCAGUCGUCCUUUUAGCUUCCAGUCACCCGGUUGCCUUCGUUCAGAGCAAACUGUCCCAGGACCAGAAGAGCCUCGUCUUCACCGAACCUUCAAACCCCGAACCCACCACACCUGGUGCCAAAACAGACAUCGCCAUGGAAACCGAAGACAACACCACCACCCACAUAGCCAUGGUCACCGACACCGCCACUCACACCGCUGCCGGCAUCUCCAUGGACCCGGGCACAACAACAGUCACCAUGGAUACGAGCACGGCCGCCGCCCUCCUGCAGGAUUUCAAAGCAGAGCCCACUCACGCCCCCAUCACUUCAGAGGAGGGAGGGCAGGAGGUGAGUUUUGAGGCAGGGGCGGAGCAAACUAUCACGUCUGAUACGCUGCACGCUUUGGUGGAACAACUUCGGCCGACCUCCCCCGCCUCAAAUCUCGAACAAAUCGUCAUAAUUCAAACUGUGGACAAUGCGGAGCAAGGGCAGACGCCAAGGAGCACAUAGUUUGGGAAAAAUACCAACAAAAUUAUCUAGAGAUGUCAGAAUAUUGGAUUAAUCAAAGGUUGUGUAAUAUUGUUGUGGAGUUGUACAGUUAAUGGUAAAAAAAAAUUGGAUCUGUAAAAUAGGGUAGGCAUUAUGUAGGGCUGCGAUGAUUUAUCUGAAUAAUUGUGACUAGGGUUGUCAAAAGUAUCCAAUCAGAUACUAAUCAAUACAAAAACUAGAUACUCUUUUGAGCAAAAAAAUCACAUCACCAGGACAAAAUUAGAGCUUUUCCCUUUUAGUCUGUUUUUGAGCUUUAUCAGAAUGAUGCAUACAAGACCUCAUGCUGACAAAAAGAAAGAAGUAUUAUUUUGGGUGCGAAAAUUGGUAUCGAAGUUGAGUUUGAAAAUUUUAGUUUUGUGACAACACAGAUUGUGACUAGUCAACUAUUAUCUAAAUAUAAUUAUUUUAGUUAUCUGGACUAUACAGACACCAUACCAAAAGACCUUUUAUAAUAAGGCCAUCCACAAAAUUAAAUCAAAAUGUCAAUAAAGAGUAAACAAUUUCUGGUUUUCAUCAAUAAUAUUUCAACCUUUAUUUGGUUAAAAACGUAAUUUAAAAAUAAUAGAAAUAAUAGUUUGACUUAUCACGUAUUGAGAAACUAAUUGCUGCUGACUAGUCUACUACAAUAAUCAUUAGUCCUUCGACUGGUCAGGCUCUGACGUGCUGAGUGCAAGUGACGGGUGGAUUUAACCAAUCACAGGGAAGUACAACUCUCAGAACAUCAUCUUGUGCAAAUGUAUAGAUACUAAAUUGGCUAGGCUCUAAGAAAUUCAUAUAAUGUUUUUACCAUAUUGAGGACCCGUAGUAUAAUGCCGCAACAAUACUAGAAUAUGAAUAUAGUAUUUCCUGCUAUUGUAAUGACUUCUGUACAGUGUAGUGUUAUUUUAUAUGGGCUGAAGUGCCCUACUACAAGUCCCUCUCAAAUGCAUAAAGAUCCUUUACUUUGUAAGUGUCAUCGUUACCUGAAUUACAUUGGCCUAAAUCCGGAUUAACCUACUCUAUACCAGGACGACUCCAGAGAAACAAGAACUGGAUUACAAGUAUGGAAAAUCAAGGCUGAAAGCUUGGGAGAUCAGACUCCUACAUCGUUUAUAUGUCUAUGUAUAUUUGUAUGAACUUGGUUAUAAAGAGCCACUGAUUUGUCUUUGCUUAAUUUUUUGUUUAGGGAUUCAUCAGUCCAGCUUUUUCAGUUCCUAUACCAAUGGCUUUACAUAUCUGCCGAUACCAGUAAAGGGACUGAAAAUUGCUUUUUUUUCUCUCCUGAAAAACACUGCUAAUACAAAAUGAAAUGAAUUGUGCAUAUAAUGACAUUUAUCCUGCAAGUAACUACUAAAGAGUUUAGCAAGAAUAAAAGUUCAAAUGUGGGACUUUAUGGGCCUACAUCAUCCAGUAAAGUGUUAUUACAUUAAAUUAAAGGUCCAUCAGAAUAUUGGCUGGACCGCUAUCUUAGAUCCAAUAUAUGAUCCAGUAAAUGUACCUGUAUCACUGCUGAUAUCCGAUGCCAGUAUCGUAUCGGUGCAUCCCUAAAUGUUUUGCGGUUGUGUUGCAAUCAAUACAAUAGCCUAUAGUCUAUAAGUCAUCAUUGUCUGAUUAACAUUGCAGUGAGCUACAUUAAGGGUUUAUAGACUUUCUUAUCAAUAGUUCAAAUUAAACCUGGUAUAAACUUUUCUUUUUAUUCCACACAUUUCUUUAUAAACAUUGGUAGAUUAUUAUUAGAGAUUGACCGAUAUGGGGUUUUUCAUGGCUGAUGAGCUCUGCUGAUAUUUUUGGGAUGAUGUAGAGGGCCAAUUUUGAUAAAUUUUUAUUAACUAUGAAAUUUAAAUUUACUUCUAAUUUAUCCACAAACCUAUAAGUGAGCAGUGUUUUCAUGUUUUGUGCUGUUAUUUCUUCGCAUUAAAGUGUUCAAAUAAAGCUUUGCAUGUACUCAUUAGGCAGCAGUCUGUGCUGGAGAUUUAAGGCCGAUAGCUGAUACGCUACAAAGUCAAAAAUAUUGGCCGAUUUAGCCGAUAUAUCGGUCUAUCUCUAAUUAUUUUGAAACUUUUUAAAUUUAUUUAUACAUUUUUCAUCUGUAGUUAACCAGUGUCUAUUUUUUAUUAAUUUUAAUUUAAAAAUACUAAAAUGCUUUGGUGAUUUUUAUUUUAAUUUUAUUUUUUUUACCAAGCCUUUAUGUUGAUCACUACAAAUUUUCCUUGUAGCUGAAUUAAUUGUGCUUAAUAUUUUAUUUUUAUUUGAUUCUUUAGCCUUUUCAAUGAACUUAGUUGCUGUAUUAGUUUAAUUUUUGUUAGGUGUUGGAAUAACAUGUAAACAAAUGUGAAUGACUUAUGACUUGUAACUACUGCUACACAAUGUAAAAUAAAAUCUAAAAGGG